AUGUUACUUUCAAGUCUUCUAGCAAGAAUACUUGUUCUUGUUUCUGUUGUCUAUGCUACUAGAGAUGUUGUUAUUACUGGAUCAAAAGUCGAUAAGGGCCCCAUUAAUUUGUCCAUUGGUGAUAUAACCAUCGAAGAAAAUUCUUAUUGGUCUAUCUUUGAUAACUCUGUGUCUGCUUUGAAGGGUUCACUCUGGGUAAAAAAGGGCGCCGGUUUCUAUAUUACAGGUACAGACAGGUUAAUAAACUUAUCCGUUACACUUGCAUUUGGUCAAAAUUCCAUAAAGAACGAAGGUACUGUUGUGUUCAACUCCAUCUUCUGCAAACUUGCAACCAAAUAUGAGCUUAUUGGUUCUUCUUUCUAUAACUCAGGUGAAAUGUUCUUGGCCACCAAUGGAGCACUUGGAAGUUUAACUGCAAUCACGUCGAGUUCUUGGACAAACUCAGGUUUGUUGGUCUUUUACCAAAACUCAAGAACUAGUGCAAUUGUUUCGCUUGGUAAACCACUAGGAACGAUUCGUAACGAUGGUCAAAUCUGUUUGCAUAACGAAUUGUUCAAGCAAGAAACGAACAUUGUUGGUAGUGGUUGUAUCACUGCUGAUAAGAAUUCUUCUAUUUUCUUAUCGAAUUGUUUAUUGGAGAUCGAUCCAAAGCAAUCAUUCUACCUUGCUGAUUCCCAAUCCUCCAUUAGAGCAAAAGCAAUUUCUAAGUCAAAGACCUAUACCGUGUAUGGGUUUGGUAAUGGAAACAAGAUUGGUUUGGAUCUUCCUCUUAUUUCGCUUCCAAUUCUUGGUAGUUGGGGUUAUGAUGAGAAGAGAGGUAUUUUGACUCUUAGAGCACUUGGAAACCUUGCACACAAUUUCAUAAUCGGUACUGGAUACGAUAAAAAGAAGUUUCAAAUUACUACUGAUUCCAGUCUUGGUUUGUUGAGUGUAUUUAACGGCGCUUUGAAAUAUAAUGGCCCAGUUCCAAACCUGAGUAUCCCAUCUGCAUGUAGACCAUGCAAGCCAGUACCUUCUGUUCCAGAUGGUCCUCAUACAACAUCCCAGACUACUGCCAAGACACCAUGUACAACAUCGACAAAGAAGCACUCUACCAGAUCUUCUAAAUCGUGUAAUAGUCAGAUCACAGUUACAAGCACAUGGACUGAAAUCACCACAACUACAGUUACUAUCAUUUCAAGUUCUGUAGAAGCAUCGUGUGUUCCAUCUUACAUUACAGUAACAGUCACAACUACUGCAGAGCCAAUUGACACAGUCACCGUUACUAGUUGUCCAACUAUGAAACCACCACAUUCGACAGAUACCAUUUAUACAGUGACAUCAGUUUAUAUUACCGAAACAACUACCACCACAGCACGUACAACACUCCCAACUGUUACAGUUACAGAAACGAAGACUAAAGGGUACUUUAGGUUCUUCUAG